AUGCUUUACGGCUUUCGGUGGCCGCGUGCCGGCUUCACAGGCAUCCGAGUGUACAUCGUCCUCCAUAACCUGGAGGACGCUACGGCCGAAUACCUCCAGCAACCGGUCACCCACCAGCUCAUGCUCGACUCCUUGAAAAAGACCGAGCCCGGCAUUGUCUCCCGCCUCCCCGAUCUGCGAUUCAUCGAACAAUACGAUCCCGAUGAUACCACCAGCGAAACGGCUGUGAGCAAACCGUUUGCAUAUGUUGCGGGCAAAGUCCUGACAAUGCCCGAUAUGACAUCGGCCGGAAUGUCCCUCGGCCUGGAUGCUGAGGAGCUCGUGAAGAAAUCUGGCCUGGAUCAAGAUGCCAUGGAUGCGUUGACGGAAUUCCGAGAUAAAUACGCUGCGGGCGAGAAGAUUGGCUGGUGGAUUGUGUAUAAUGGGGAUCCGGAUAGAUCUUUCCCCCAGGUUGAGGAGGAGGAGGAGGAGGACGAAAGUCUCAUGGACGAGGAUGAGUAUGAGAGCGAGGAUGGCAGUGAGCAGCAACAACCCUCGACUCCUACGACGUUUUUACCCGAAAAGUUAUCGCGACUCUUUGCCCGGCGAAGCGGUUGA